AUAACAAACAAGAAAUCACGCAAAAUGAGUGAAUUAAGUUUAGAGGAAAUUCGGGCAUUUAUGCUGCAAAACAACUGUAAAGUGACAAACCAUGCAUUAGUGAAGCAUUUCAAGAAGUUUCUCACAGAUCCAAUGACCCAAGAUGAAGCCCGCAAGAAAUUCAAAAGUUUCGUGAACAUUUUGGCGACAAUAAAGAACGAAAAUGGCGAAAAGUAUCUCGUGCUACGUAAGAAAUAUCUCACAGAAGUGCCCACAGACGACGGAUUACAAGCCAUCAAUACAGUUGGUUUGCCCGUAUCUCCUGCGCCGGGAAAUCGUUCGUCAAGUUCUUCAUUCCAUUCGGAUUUCGAUACGUUUUCUCCCGUACAUCAACCUCGUAUUCCUCCUCCUUAUCGUCCUCCGCCCGAAAUAAUUUCGCCAACACAUUCCAAUAAUUCGCUGAACAUGUCUUCAACUCCAAAACUGCCUUUCGUCGAAUCGCAAACGGAAGACUUUUAUCGCGAGUGUGUCGAUGAGUUUCAAAUCGCAAUGAACGCUUUGAAGGAAAAAGAUCGCGAAAAACGACUUUCACGACAACACAGCGUUCCUGUAUCUCCUUUGCAGCAGUAUCAGGAAACAAUUGGUGCUCCUCCAAUGAUUUUCCGUCAAAGUAGCGUUGAUAUUCCGCCUCCAACGCCUCCCAAGAAGCUCAGCAUUUCACGCGAAAAUAGUGUCGAACAAAAAACUCCCGUAAAAGAUUCGCCCGUAUCAGAAUCCUCAAGCAACAAGGAAAAUAUCGAGAAUGAAAACAACAAGAUAAGCGUGAAAGAGGCAAUGCAGAAAUUUAAUCGAUUCGCGUCGGAAGAAGAAGCAAAAGUUCCAUCGCCCAUCGGAAAACAAACGAAAAAAAUUGACGAGAUUGAUAAGGCUGCGAGUCAAGAUCACGAAGACGACGACAACACUCUCAACUUGAUCCAGCAUCCGAAAGCGAAAGAAUGGAUUGUUCAUGCCUGCAAGUGCGAUUAUCAAAAACUCAGCAAAUUGGCGCAAGAGUUUCCUGUCUUGGUAAAGCUGAAGGAUCCAAAUUCGGUAUGUGACCUUCAACGAUCAUCUUCGACGCAAAAUGCUAUCCAAACACACACACCCGUUCUGUAA